AUGUUGGAUACAUUUUCACUCUUAACAUUUGAUUAUGAUUUGGAUAAUUUAAACCACCUAUCCGAAAUCACUAACCGACGCAAUACAGAAACUAAAACUGAACCAUCAGAAAUGAGUUUCGCAAUGUCAAUUUGGUUGAAUGCAUUAAAACGUGUUACAGUUAAUGGCAUGCCAACUUUUGUCAAUGAUUAUCUAUUGAAAAUUGAUAGACAAUAUCAACAUGCUUUGGGAAUACUGGAGAAUCAUGUAGAAAAUAUAAUUCAAAACUGUCAAAAAGAAAUGGAUCCAAAUGCCAGACCAGUAAAUCUGGUUGCAUCAUUAAUAUCAUCAUUACAAAAGGAUGAAGCAACAGAGAAAAGAAAACCUGAAAAAGAACAGAUAGGAACUACGAAAAAAGAAUUAUUAGGUGAAGUAUUAGGAUUAAUUGUGGCCGAUUUUGAUACAUCAUCAAGUAUUCUAUCAUGGUUUAUUCAUUUUGUAAAUAAAUGUCAAUAUAUUGACUGUGUCAUAAAAGAAAUACUUAGAUUGGCACCAAUUUUAUUUGGUACAUUGCGAACACUUCUCAAUGAUACUGUUAUUGAUGGAAUCAAAUUUUAUAAAGGAGAUACACUUGCAUCAUUAUUUACUUUAAUGCAACAUGAUCCAAGAUAUUGGAAAUUAGAUCCAACUGAAUUUAUUCCAGAAAGAUUUUUUGGUGUUGAUGCGCCCGAUGUCAAUUAUAAUCCAUUUGUUUUUAUUUCAUUCGGAGGUGGACAUCGAGCUUGUAUUGGACAAGAUUUAGCUCGACUAGAAUUAAAAGUAAUCAUUAUACGUUAUAUGUUAUUCGUUACUUUUAUUGAUGCACCUGGAAACAAUGGUGGUCAUCGUCAAAGAAUAACAAUUGCACCGAAAGAAUUAGCGGUUUCAAUGAAAUUUGAUUAA